UGACGUGAUGACUUUCGUGCUGCAUCCCUGCUUUGUUUGCUACCGUUCUUUUUUUUCUUCAGUCCUUGCACUCUAGCAAACACAAAUGUCAUGGAACUGUAUUUGAACUAUGUUCUUAUUUCUACCUUGUAAUUUUUCACAACCUGUGUACAUUCUCAAAAACAUUUUGAAACUUAUGUGGAAUACAUUGACUUCCAAUCUGACUCCUAUUCAGUGAAAAAGAUUAUUUUGUGGCAAAAGGUGGUAAACUAUGAUAACAAAGCAAUAUCUACGAUAUCAAUGCUUCCAACAUGAUUGUACUUUUGUAUUGGGAUGUAUGGAGCUUGAUUUACAACUUAUAGCACUCUCUGGCAUGCUUGAACAGGAUUACUAGAGGAUUUCUCAGGAUUAUACGUAGUAUGGUGCAUGUGAAACAGAACUAAAUUAUUAUUUAAUUAUAUAAUUACGACAAAUUAAGUGGAGUCCAACCAGGCACACACUGUGGACUGCGCGUAUAGGGCAGAUUGAUAUCAGAUUCUGUAAUAUAUUUUGUUUAAAUGUUGUUUUAAACAAUGAAAGUUUGUAAAACUAUUUAACAUGAUUUGGAGGAGAGUUUUAUUUCGUGGAGGAGUGUUAGCUAGUGUGGGGAUAGGCGGUUGGAUUGCAGGGUCUGUAGCAGAAAGGAGAAAAGGGAAUUAUGAAGUGAAACUAUCACAAAACAAUGAUUUUUCAAUUCCCGUUCCUGCACUCCCUAUAUUUGGCACUGUGUCUGCUGCAACUCCCAUAGAAAAUUCAAAUGCUCUUGUUUCUUCUGUCAGUGAUGUAGAUGUAACAAAACCAUUGUCUACUAGUCGCGUUUCACAGAUAAUGAAAUUUGGGUUCCCUGGUUUGGAUAACAUUAGGUCAUUUGAUGAUUAUGUUUUAUCAUAUGAUAGAAGAAACCGUGUUGCCCAUUGGGUGUUUGAACAUUUGACUGCAGAAACUGUGAAACAUAAUGAUGCUGUUGAUAGAUCCAAAUGCCAAUUUACAGAAGAUCAGUCCAUUCACCCUUACUUCAGGUCUGUAAACAAAGAUUAUAAAGGGAGUGGAUUUGACCGUGGACAUCUUGCUGCUGCUGGAAAUCAUAAAGCAUCCCAAAAACAUAUUGAACAAACAUUUUUUCUUUCUAAUAUGGCACCACAAGUUGGUGAAGGUUUUAAUAGGCAUGCCUGGAAUCGCCUUGAGAGACAUGUACGAAAAUUGACAAAAGUGUAUCCCAAUGUAUACGUGUGUACAGGACCCUUGUAUCUUCCAAGAAAAGAAGCUGAUGGUAAAACAUACAUUAAAUAUCAAGUAAUUGGAGCAAAUUCUGUGGCUGUGCCAACACAUUUCUUCAAAGUAAUUGUAGGAGAGAGAGAAGACAAAGCUCUGGAAAUGGAAGCAUAUGUGAUGCCUAAUCAAGCUAUUUCAGAUGAUACACCAUUGCAUGUGUACCAGGUUCCUCCAGAUAGCAUUGAAAGAGCAGCUGGACUCCUCUUCUUUGAUAGGAUAUCUCGGGAUAAGCUACGAUCUAUUAAUGGACGCAAAACAACAUAUGUAUGAACAGUUAUAUUGAACUUUUAGAGUUUUAAAUUUAGAAACAUAUUUGAUUGCAAUUUUAUAAUUCAUGAGUUAUAAAUAUAUAUUGUUAUGUAUGUGAAUUGUUAUUUAUUUUUAAUUGACAAAUUCAUUUUAAAACUAAAUGAAAAUAACUUAUUUUCUGUAGUGAAAUAAAAUAUUAAUGAAUUAUAAAUUGUAAUAUUUUCUUAUGUACAUUCGCUGUAUUUGCCAGUGUAUAAGACACACCUGUGUAUAAGACGUGCUCGUUUCCGUGAUGAAUUUCAUUCUUUAUGUUAAAUUUUAUACUUGAUUUUGAAAAGCAUGAUUUUUUUAUAAAGGAAUUAUAUUUUAAAAUACAAUAAAUAUGUAUUCUAAUAGCUAAAUCAGCCAUUUAAAAAGAUGAAUAUUUAAAGCAGGAAAGGAGCAAGAUAUGAUUCAAGCAGGAAAAGGUAGUUUAUGCUACAAACCGUUCAAGAAAAUGAAACGGUUGAGAAAGUGAGACAAUGUUGUAGAAGAGAUGAUAAAUCCAACGAAGAAAGCAUACAGAUC